CCAAGGACUCUGGAGCUUUCACUGCUGCCUCUGGUUGGAGCCGGGGUAUACGGUCCCGCGGUUCACUCAACCGCUGCCCCUCGGAGCCAGAUUUUCUGGCAUCUGCAUUCCUUAAAUCUUGUAUUGGGGGUUGAUUAUAACCAGAAACCAUGACGGCUGCUGAGAACGUGUGCUAUACUUUAAUCAACGUGCCAAUGGAUUCAGAACCACCAUCUGAAAUUAGCUUAAAAAAUGAUCUAGAAAAAGGAGAUGUGAAGUCAAAGACUGAAGCUUUAAAGAAAGUAAUCAUCAUGAUUCUUAAUGGUGAAAAGCUUCCUGGACUUCUGAUGACCAUCAUUCGUUUUGUGCUGCCUCUUCAGGAUCACACCAUCAAAAAAUUACUUCUGGUAUUUUGGGAAAUUGUUCCUAAAACAACUCCAGAUGGGAGACUUUUGCAUGAAAUGAUUCUCGUAUGUGAUGCAUACAGAAAGGAUCUUCAGCAUCCUAAUGAGUUUAUUCGAGGAUCUACYCUACGUUUUCUUUGCAAACUGAAGGAAGCAGAAUUGCUAGAACCUUUAAUGCCAGCUAUCCGUGCUUGUUUGGAACAUCGACAUAGCUAUGUUAGAAGGAAUGCUGUUUUGGCCAUCUAUACUAUCUAUAGAAAUUUUGAACAUCUUAUUCCUGAUGCUCCUGAGCUGAUACAUGAUUUUCUGGUAAAUGAGAAGGAUGCAAGUUGCAAAAGGAAUGCCUUUAUGAUGCUGAUUCAUGCAGAUCAGGAUCGAGCUUUGGAUUACCUAAGUACUUGUAUUGAUCAAGUUCAAACAUUUGGAGAYAUUCUACAAUUGGUUAUUGUUGAGCUAAUUUAUAAGGUCUGUCAUGCUAAUCCAUCUGAAAGGGCUCGUUUCAUUCGUUGCAUUUAUAACUUAUUACAGUCAUCUAGCCCUGCUGUAAAAUAUGAAGCUGCUGGGACAUUAGUAACACUGUCAAGUGCACCAACUGCAAUCAAGGCUGCUGCUCAGUGUUACAUUGAUUUAAUUAUUAAAGAGAGUGACAACAAUGUAAAGCUCAUAGUUCUGGAUCGAUUAGUAGAAUUAAAAGAGCAUCCUGCUCAUGAACGAGUCCUUCAGGAUCUGGUAAUGGACAUCCUAAGAGUAUUGAGCACACCAGACUUGGAAGUACGCAAGAAAACUCUGCAGUUAGCGUUGGAUCUUGUUUCUUCUAGGAAUGUUGAAGAGUUGGUUAUUGUCUUGAAGAAGGAAGUGAUUAAAACAAAUAAUGUUUCUGAGCAUGAAGACACUGACAAAUACAGACAGCUCCUUGUACGAACAUUGCAUUCCUGCUCUGUCCGAUUUCCAGAUAUGGCUGCAAAUGUUAUUCCUGUGUUAAUGGAAUUUCUCAGUGACAGUAAUGAAGCAGCAGCUGCUGAUGUCUUGGAGUUUGUUCGUGAAGCCAUUCAGCGCUUUGAUAGUUUGAGAAUGCUGAUUGUUGAGAAGAUGCUUGAAGUCUUUCAUGCUAUUAAAUCUGUCAAGAUUUAUCGAGGUGCAUUAUGGAUCCUGGGAGAAUACUGUAGUACCAAGGAAGACAUUCAAAGUGUGAUGACGGAAGUCCGUAGGUCCCUUGGAGAGAUCCCAAUUGUAGAGUCAGAAAUAAAGAAAGAAGCUGGUGAAUUAAAGCCUGAAGAAGAAAUAACUGUGGGGCCAGUUCAAAAAUUGGUUACUGAAAUGGGUACUUAUGCAACUCAGAGUGCCCUCAGCAGUUCUAGACCCACCAAGAAAGAGGAAGACAGACCUCCCCUGAGAGGAUUCCUUCUGGAUGGAGAUUUCUUUGUUGCUGCCUCCCUUGCCACCACUCUGACCAAGAUUGCAUUGCGCUAUGUAGCUUUGGUUCCAGAGAAGAAAAAACAAAAUUCUUUUGUUGCUGAGGCUAUGUUGCUCAUGGCAACUAUCCUUCAUUUGGGAAAAUCCUCUCUUCCUAAGAAGCCAAUUACUGAUGAUGAUGUAGACAGAAUUUCCCUGUGCCUCAAGGUCUUAUCUGAAUGUUCACCUUUAAUGAACGACAUUUUUAAUAAGGAAUGCAGACAGUCCCUUUCUCAGAUGCUAUCUGCUAAACUUGAAGAAGAGAAACUAUCUCAAAAGAAAGAAUCUGAAAAGAGAAAUGUGACAGUACAGCCUGAUGACCCCAUUUCCUUCAUGCAACUAACUGCUAAGAAUGAAAUGAACUGCAAGGAAGAUCAGUUUCAGCUGAGUUUGUUGGCAGCAAUGGGUAACACACAGAGGAAAGAAGCAGCAGAUCCCCUAGCAUCUAAACUUAACAAGUCUCCCCCAGGGGAUCUGAAACUUGUGGAAAAGCCAUCUCCUUUGACUCUUGCUCCUCAUGAUUUUGCAAAUAUUAAAGCUAAUGUCAAGGUAGCAUCAACAGAAAAUGGAAUAAUUUUUGGCAAUAUAGUUUAUGAUGUCUCUGGAGCAGCAAGUGACAGAAAUUGUGUGGUCCUCAGUGAUAUCCACAUUGACAUCAUGGACUAUAUCCAGCCUGCAACUUGCACUGAUGCUGAAUUCCGUCAGAUGUGGGCCGAAUUUGAAUGGGAAAACAAAGUGACAGUUAACACCAAUAUGAUUGAUUUAAAUGACUACCUACAACACAUAUUAAAGUCAACCAACAUGAAGUGCCUCACUCCAGAGAAGGCCCUUUCUGGUUACUGUGGCUUCAUGGCAGCCAAUCUUUAUGCUCGUUCCAUAUUUGGAGAAGAUGCACUUGCAAAUGUCAGCAUUGAGAAGCCAAUUCACCAGGGACCAGAUGCUGCUGUUACUGGCCACAUAAGAAUUCGUGCAAAGAGUCAGGGGAUGGCCUUAUCUCUUGGAGAUAAAAUCAACUUGUCUCAGAAGAAAACUAGUAUAUAAGAAUAAUCAAAAAGUCCUGGAAGCUUUAYAGUUUAAAAUUUAGUUAUGGGCUUAUUGGACUUCAAUAUCUUUUGUACUCUUUCAUGCUUUAUGUUAUGUAGAAUCUGAGUUCAUGCUGAAUGCAUUCCAGCCAAUAAUUUAUAGCCUUCCCUUAAAUCAAGAUUGAGUUUAAAAUUAUGGUUUGUCUUUUGUCUUAACAGUUGAAUGCUGUCCUCAAAGUAUGUGUUUCUCACAUGUACCAAGACCAUUUUCAUAGUACAA